AUGUCAAACUUUGAGCAAUCUGAAUCAGACUUUUACCAGUCUAACUAUGCCACUGAUAUUCAAGAUCAAGGUUAUAGCGAUUCAGGGGCCUAUGAAAAUCUUUAUGGAAGCCAAAAGUGUCAGGCACAGGAGUCGCCUCAACCUGGUGCUUUUGUUCCUCUAGAAAUGCUUUCGUCUUCUCAAAGUUACAUAGGCCAGAUUUUGCAGCCAACAUACAAUCCAGAGUUUUUAUCGCAGUCUAGUUAUGCUGACAGUUUUGAUGAAGAACCUCCUUUGCUAGAAGAACUUGGAAUUAAUUUUGAUCACAUAUGGCAGAAAACAUUAACAGUUCUAAACCCAAUAAAACCAGCGGAUGGCAGCAUUAUGAAUGAGACAGACCUGACUGGGCCUAUGGUUUUCUGUUUGGCCCUUGGAGCUACACUGCUACUGGCAGGAAAAGUUCACUUUGGCUAUGUAUAUGGCAUCAGUGCUGUUGGGUGCCUAGGAAUACAUGCUUUACUGAAUCUGAUGAGCAUAGCAGGUGUCUCAUAUGGCUGUGUUGCCAGUGUACUGGGAUACUGCCUGCUACCCAUGGUGGUCCUGUCCAGCUGUGCAGUCUUCUUCUCACUACAGGGGAUACUUGGAACUUUGUUAGCUCUGAUUAUUAUUGGAUGGUGCAGUCUGUCAGCUUCCAAAAUUUUUAUCUCUGCGUUAGCCAUGGAAGGACAGCAGCUUCUCGUGGCUUAUCCCUGUGCUCUACUUUAUGGACUUUUUGCACUUCUGACUGUUUUCUGAAAUGUACUUUGUAGCAGCCUGAUUAUAUUCUAUUUG